CAGCAAGAGUGUAAUAAUAUAUCUCCAGGCCAGUUAGAAAUGGGAAACUCUUUCAUCCACCUUUUCUUUCUCCUACUUAUUUUCUCAUGCAAAAACACAUACUAUUCCCUUGCACAGUCCACCUCUACAAGUGUUGUGACAGACAAGGAGGCCUUGAUCUCAUUCAAGGCUAACAUAAACACAGAAACACACAAUCCUGUGUUAUCUACCUGGGACAUAAACCUUUCUCCAUGUAACUGGACAGGGGUUGUCUGUAACCGGAAGCUGAGCCGAGUCGUCGGGCUUCAGCUUUCCGGUCUUGCACUAACAGGCUCCAUAAGUCCCUCUCUGGGCAACCUCUCGUUCCUCAGAUCACUUCAGCUUCAGAACAAUCAGCUCACAGGAAACCUCCCUGAUCAGAUUGGCAAUCUUUUUCGUCUCCGGGUUCUAAACAUCAGCUCCAACACCAUUCAAGGCGUUAUACCGCCUAACAUUAGUCAGUGCAAGGAGCUCAGGGUUCUUGAUCUGAUGCAUAAUCAGAUCUCGGGAUCAAUCCCGGGAGAGAUUGGCAAUCUCCGGCAGCUGCAAGUCAUUAGUUUGGGGGGGAACCAUCUCUCCGGUGCAAUUCCACCGUCAAUAUCCAAUGUUUCUUCCCUCACUGUCCUAAGGUUAUCCACAAACAACCUCGCUGGUGAAAUUCCUAGUGAUUUAGCCAAGCUUAGGUUGUUGAAGGUGCUUGAUCUUACAAUUAACAACAUCAAUGGCGCCGUCCCUUCUUCCAUCUACAACAUGUCUUCGCUCCAAACCUUGGCGUUAGCCUCCAACAACUUGUGGGGUGAUUUGCCUGGAGAUGUUGGCGUCACCCUCCCAAAUCUUCUCGUCUUCAACUUCUGCUUCAACAAAUUCACAGGCACAAUCCCGGCCUCCCUGCACAAUCUAACCAACAUAAAGGUUAUUCGCAUGGCCAACAACUCUUUGCACGGGACUGUACCGCCAGGACUGGGAAAUUUACCCUUUCUUGAGAUGUACAAUAUCGGGCAUAACAUGAUUGUCAGCUCCGGCGAAAAUGGUCUAAGCUUUCUUGAAUCCUUAACCAACAGUUCCCGUUUAAAUUUCCUUGCUUUUGACUACAAUCUUCUUGAGGGUGUAAUCCCAGACUCCCUAGGUAACCUUUCCAAGCUCCUCCAAAAGCUGUACAUGGGUGGAAAUCGUUUCGUUGGUACCAUUCCACCUUCACUUGGUCUGCUAAGUGGCUUAACUUUGUUUGAUGCACAUCAAAAUUCCAUUUCGGGUCAGAUACCACCUGAAAUUGGUCAACUGGAGAAUCUGCAGGAAUUGAAAUUGGCCGGAAAUAGGUUGUCGGGUGGGAUUCCAAGUUCCUUGGGCAAUCUCCAAAAACUAAAUAAGAUUGAUCUGUCUGAAAAUGAGUUGGUGGGUAGCAUACCUUCUAGUUUUGAGAACUUCAGGAGUAUUCUUUCCAUAGACUUAUCCAAGAAUAAGUUAAAUGGGAGCUUGCCAAAACAGAUUUUCACACUCCCUAGUCUAGGUGCUUUUCUUAAUCUCUCCCAGAACUAUCUUACCGGUUCUUUGCCUGAAGAAAUUGGGGUCUUAGAGAAUGUUGUCACAAUUGACAUUUCUGGCAACCUUUUAUCUGGGAACAUCCCGAAAUCCAUUGGGAAGUGUAACAGCUUGGAGAGCCUGUUUCUUGCCAAUAAUAUGCUCUCUGGCCAGAUUCCAGACACCAUAUCAGACCUGAGAGGUUUGGAAACUCUGGACAUCUCCUCCAACCAUCUCUCCGGCCAAAUUCCAACUGAUAUGCAGAAGUUGCAGGCCCUGCAGGUGUUGAAUCUCUCUCACAACAACUUGGAAGGCCAGGUCCCCUGCAAUGGGGUCUUUGCAGACCCCUCUAAGUUUCAUCUGGAAGGCAAUCAAAAUCUUGCUUCAGACCUGAAAUAUUGCAGGAUUAAUAAUAGGCCUCGUCAUAAAAGAAGAUUAACCUUCGUCUACAUCGCAAUACCAUUGAUUGCAGUUUUAGCAAUACUUUUCACAGCGGGUGUGGUGUUUUACAUCAAAAGAAGCAGAGCAACCACCAAGAACCUGUUUGAAUCAUUUGGGCCGAAUAAGCAACACCAGAUGAUUACUUAUGAGGAGCUCCGUCUCGCAACUGACAAUUUCACAGAAGAAAAUCUCAUUGGAAGUGGCAGCUUUGGGUCUGUUUACAAAGCACUUCUAGGAGGAACACCCCUUGCGGUUAAGGUCAUGAAUAUGGGGAUCACGGGUUAUUGGAAGAGCUUUACGGCUGAAUGUGCAGCUCUGAAGAGUGUGAGGCAUCGGAAUCUUGUCAAACUCAUCACAGUAUGCUCAAGCAUAGACUGCAAAAACAUGGAAUUUUUAGCCCUGGUGUUUGAGUUCAUGGGAAAUGGGAGUUUGGAGGAUUGGAUUACUAGAAAGAGAAGAAACUCUAAUGGAGAUGGGAUGAAGGUUUUGGAUAGACUAAACGUGGCGAUUGAUGUUGCCAGCGCCUUAAGUUAUCUGCACCAUGAAUGUGAAACUCCCAUUAUUCACUGUGAUUUGAAGCCCGGAAAUGUUCUUUUGGACAUGGACAUGACUGCCAAGGUCGGAGAUUUCGGUCUUGCUAGAUUCUUGAUUGGAAGAAACGAUGAACACCAACCUUCUAUUAGCUCCACGCACCUUCUCAAAGGCUCCAUUGGUUACAUACCACCAGAGUAUGGCUUGGGGGAGAAACCAUCCACGGCCGGAGACGUGUAUAGUUAUGGCAUUCUUUUGCUGGAGCUCUUCACCGGCAAGAGCCCAACAAAUGACAUUUUCAAGGGAGAGUUGAGCCUAAGAGACUGGGUGAAAAUGAAUUUCCCCGAAAAGAUAAAUGAAUUGCUAGACACUGAUCUCCUUCCACUAGUGAACAACCAUUGCCAAAAUGGGAAGUGUGCUAGCUCGGAGAUUCAAGGCAAUUGUUUGAUCUCCAUUGUUGAGAUUGGUUUAUCUUGUGCUCUUGAUUCUCCAGCUGGGCGCAUAACCAUAAGAGAUGCUCUUCAUAAGUUGAAAUCUGUCAAAGACACACUCCUGAAAGCCUCACCUUAAUGAUUCCUAAUCAUACUAUAUUAUAUAGUGCUGGGAGUAACACCUUUGCCUCGAUUAUAAAAUAAGAGUGUGUGCAGUAGUAUCAACAUUAUAGUUAGUUUAAUGUAACAA